UAUUUUUUUUCUUUUAGAUAAAUAUUACUACAAAUAAUAAUUUAUUUAAAUAAUCAGAUAUACAAGAAUAUUUAAUAUCACAAUCAUUUUGAUAUCCAUCCUCAUAUAAUCCAAUUCUGUCAACAUCCCAUUGCAGGUUCUCAAUCGCCAUCCUCUGAAAAUUGAAAGAUAUGGCAGAAACUGUGUUUACUCGUUUUUUGGAAGGAAUUAAACAUGUGAAAUCUGAACAAGGGGAUAUGAUGACCAAGCCUUUUUUGGAUGUCUGCAAACUUGUUUUGCCAAUUUUAGAUAAAUUUGGCGCUGCUAUGAUGGUGGUAAAAUCUGAUAUUGGUGGUAAUAUAUCGAGGCUGGAAUCUAAGUAUGAUUCAAAUCCUUCCAGAUUUAAUUACCUUUUCAAUUUGGUGCAAGCUGAAGUUGAAACCUCUACUGCCAAGUCAUCUUCUAGUUGUACCAAUGGCCUCCUCUGGCUCACCAGAGCAAUGGAUUUCAUAGUAGAGCUAUUCCGGAAUUUGAGUGAGCAUCAAGAUUGGUCAAUGUCACAAGUUUAUAACGAUGCAUACUCCAAAACCUUGAAGAAAUGGCAUGGUUGGCUUGCUGCUUCAAGUUUUACGGUUGCUGUGAAGCUUGCACCGGACAGGAAGAAGUCCAUGGAGGUUUUAGGCGCAGAAUCUGAAGCUGAUAUGGAAAAGUUCUGCACAGAGUUCUCACCAAUCCUACGAAAGAUCCAUAAGUUUCUUGCGAGUUGUGGAUUGGACAACAUGAAAUCUUCAUGACGGUUUCCAUUUGCAGCUCCUGCAUUAAUUCCUAAUUUCUGCUGCGCAUCAAUCAAGAAACAGUAGAUCUUCACACUAUAGUUUUUUUUUCUCUUAAUUAAUGAAGAUUUGCUAAUUCCAUCAGAAAUUAAUCCUCUAUCUUCACACAUAUUUAUAUUCUUUUUGGACACCAAUUUUGUAACAUUAUCAGGAGCUGCUCGAUUUUUUUUCUUUCAAGGAUACGAUGGAAGAAUCUAUUAAUUACCAAUGAUGACUGUAUAAAAAACUCAUGAAUAUAUCCAUGUUAUUAUUUGGUAUCUA